AUGGGAACGAGAGGAUCGGCGAGUGCUGAGUAUUUUUUGGCGAAAGGAUAUGCGGUGAUCUUCUUCUAUCGUGAUGAAUCGUUAAUGCCGUUCAGUCGUAAAUUUCCACAUUUAUUCGAGAAUUUAGAGGUGAACAAUAGUGGACAAGUUUGUGUGAAAGAGAUGAAAGGCUUGAGCACAGCCGUGCAAAGAUAUUCGGCAUGCAGAGAUCGUCUUCUUUAUAUACCGUUCAAUGAUGUGAAUCGUUACUUGACAACACUCGAAACGAUUUGCACUCAUUUACGACCGCUCGCUUCAUCGGUUCUAAUUUAUUUGGCAGCUGCCGUCUCGGAUUUUUACAUUCAGCAAGAUAAAAUGCCAACUCACAAAAUUCAUUCAACGGAUGGUGAUCUUCAGUUAACACUGAGUAUUGUACCGAAGUUGUUGAAUAAACUUGUUCAUGAAAUUGUACCAAACGCGUUCAUCAUUUCCUUCAAACUGGAAACCGAUGAGUCAAUCUUGAUUGAGAAAGCACGUAAUGCACUUCAAAAAUAUGGACAUAGGUUAGUGAUUGGCAAUAUCUUGAAUACUCGCAAAGAACGUGUCGUUUUCGUUGAUAGCGAUCAAAACGAAGAGAUACGACUGAAUGACGAGCAGAAGCAGAAUAAUGUCGAAAUUGAAGAACUAAUCGUCGACAGACUCGUGAAACUCCAUCAAAAAUUUGUCGAAACUGAACACCUUUCGUAA